GGGACUUCGGUGGCGCCGGGCCCUCACAGGGUGGCGCGGGGCUAACGCCGGCGCGGGAGCGGCGACUGCAGAGCCGGAGUCAAUCUCAGCCAAGCUCUUGGGAUUCUGUCACCAUGGAGACUGAGAGUGAGCAGAACUCCGGCUCCACCAGUGGGAGCUCCAGCUCUGGGGGAAGCACCCGUCCUCAGAUAUCACAGAUGUCUCUGUAUGAGCGGCAGGCUGUUCAGGCUCUUCAGGCACUCCAGAGACAGCCCAAUGCAGCCCAGUACUUUCAUCAGUUUAUGCUCCAGCAACAGCUUAACAGUGCCCAGCUUCACAGCUUGGCUGCUGUCCAGCAGGCUACUAUUGCAGCUAGUAGACAGGCCAGCUCACCAAACACCAGCACCCCACAACAGACUACCACCACCCAAGCCUCUAUCAACCUAGCCACCACAUCAGCUGCUCAGCUGAUCAGUCGUUCACAGAGCGUGAGUUCUCCCACUGCCACAACUCUGACGCAGUCUGUGCUCCUUGGGAACACCACUUCACCACCUCUCAACCAGUCGCAGGCACAGAUGUAUCUCCGGCCGCAGCUGGGAAACCUGUUGCAGGUAAACCGGACCUUGGGCCGCAAUGUCCCUCUUGCUUCCCAACUCAUCCUGAUGCCUAAUGGGGCCGUGGCUGCUGUCCAGCAGGAGGUACCACCUACCCAGUCUCCUGGGGUCCAUGCAGACACAGACCAGGUUCAAAACUUGGCUGUGAGGAGCCAACAGACCUCAGCCACUAAUGCCCAGCUCCAAGGCUCUGCUCAGAAGGCGGCUCUGCCAGGAAACUCCCAGGCUUCAGGCCUACCACAGGCCACAAGUACAGGCCAGACUGUGGCAGUGGCUCCAGCCUCUUCUGGCAGCAUGGGCCAGUCUCUCAACUUGAGCCAAGGGGCAGCAGGCAGUAAUGGUGUCUCCGGGGGUGUGGUUGCAAGUAGUGGGAGCCAGAAUUCUACAGCAUUGAGCCAGACAGCCUCUGCAGGUUCUGCUGGCAGCUGCCAACGGAAAGGAACAGGAGUGGUUCAGCCAUUACCAGUAGCAGCUGCCCAGGCAGUGACUGUCAGCCAGGGAAGCCAAACAGAGUCAGAGAACGCAGCCACAAAGAAGGGUGAAACGGACAGUGGUGGACAGCAGACUGUGGGCAUGAACCUUACCAGGACAGCUACACCAGCACCCAGCCAGACAUUGAUUAGCUCAGCUACAUAUACACAGAUUCAGCCACACUCACUGAUCCAGCAGCAGCAGCAGAUCCACCUGCAGAAACAGGUGGUAAUCCAGCAGCAGAUUGCCAUUCAUCACCAGCAGCAGUUCCAGCACCGCCAGUCCCAGCUCCUCCACACAGCCACCCACCUCCAGCUGGCCCAGCAACAGCAACAGUCAUCAUCUCUGACCCAGCAGCAGCAAGCUCAACCUCCACAGCAGCAGGCUCCACCUCAAAACCAGCAGCAGACUCAGACCCUUGUGGUGCAACCUAUGUUACAGUCCCAGCCACAGUCUGUUCAGCUCCAGCAUGACAGUCCUAGCCAGCCAGCCACCAAGUCACCUGUUCCAAUUCAAUCAAAGUCUAUGGUCACCAUCAAACCACCUCAGCUUGGGCCUGCCAAAAUGUCAGCAGCACAGCAGCCUCCACCACACAUCCCUGUGCAGGUGGUGGGUACUCGGCAGCAGGGCUCAGGCCAAGCCCAAGCACUGGGUAUAGCUCAGAUUGCUGCAGCAGUACCAACUUCCCGGGGAAUGCCAGCUGUGGUCCAAUCUGUUUCCCAAGCCCAUGCUCCUUCCCCACCUUCUUCAGCUCCAGUAUCCUCGCAGGAAGCUCCUCCUCUCACUACAGGGGUGAAUUUGGCACAAGUUCAAGGUACAACCCACAUGGUGAAGAAUCCUACCUCCUCUCCAGUUGUGGCUCAGAUGCCAACAGCAUUCUACAUGCAGUCUCUCCAGUUGCCAGGCAAGUCUCAGAGCUUAGCAAUAAAGCGCAAGGCAGAGUCAGAGGAGGAGAAGGAGGUAUCAGCCAGUGUCACUGCACUAAUGCCUGCCAGGUCCUCUCCUGUGACAGAUAGCCCCAAAAAUGUGGAGGAAAAUAAUGGCCAUGGAGAUAAAUCUGAUUCUGCUGCUACUGCAACCCCAAAUGCCACAUCAAGUGAAGGAACAUCAGUCACCUCGACUUCUGUUCCCACUGCAAACCUGGCAAUGGUGUCACGUCAGACAGGAGACUCCAAACCUCCACAAGCCAUUGUUAAGCCCCAGAUCCUCACGCACAUAAUAGAGGGCUUUGUCAUCCAGGAAGGAGCAGAGCCCUUUCCGGUGGGUUGUUCUCAGCUGCUAAAAGAAUCUGAGAAACCUUUGCAGGGAGGGGCUCCUUCUGGUCAGGGUGAAAACCUGUCCAGCAAUUCUCCAGGAGGGAACAGUGCUUCUAUGGAGCUUGAUAAGAAAGCAAACUUGCUGAAGUGUGAAUACUGUGGGAAGUAUGCCCCAGCUACCCAGUUCCGUGGCUCCAAAAGGUUUUGUUCCAUGACCUGCGCUAAAAGGUACAAUGUCAGCUGCAGCCAUCAGUUUCGGCUGCAGAGAAAGAAGAUGAAAGAACUCCAGGAAGCUAACUAUGCUCGAGUGCGCCGACGGGGAUCACGGCGCAGCAGCUCUGAAAUUACUCGAACAAAGAUCCAGGGCAAGCGUCACAGGGGCCAGGAGGAUUCAAGUCGAGGUUCUGAUAAUUCUAGCUACGAUGAGGCUUUGUCCCCUACAUCUCCAGGACCUCUGUCAGUAAGAUCUGGCCAUGGAGACAGAGACCUGGCAAACUCUAAUAUGGCCCCACCUACCCCAGAUCUACACGGCAUCAACCCUGUAUUCCUGUCCAGCAAUCCCAGUCGUUGGAGCGUGGAGGAAGUGUAUGAGUUCAUUGCAUCACUGCAAGGAUGCCAGGAGAUUGCCGAAGAGUUUCGGUCACAGGAAAUAGAUGGCCAGGCCCUGUUGCUUUUGAAGGAGGAACACCUCAUGAGUGCUAUGAACAUGAAGCUAGGACCUGCUCUCAAGAUAUGUGCCAAGAUCAAUGUCCUCAAGGAGACCUAACAGCUCUGAAGCUAGCAGUUUCAAUUUUGCUCUGACCCCAGAGCAGCUGCCAGCUUUAAGACAUUCUGUUGGGGCAAGGAAUGGGACAAUCCCAUGUGGUCCUGCAUUCAAGAAUGAAAAGGAAUUUAACUGCCUGAAACUGCCAUGCACAAGCCCAUGUCUUGAUCUUUGAAUGGUGCUAUAACAAGGGAAGAAAAUUCCCACCUGGGGCCUUUGAAACUUCCUUCCUUCUUUGGAUAUGCCUCUCCCAUAUACCACAUUAAGAAGAGAAGGAGACUUCCUUCUGUUUUAGCAGCCUUGUAAAGGGGAAGUGCCCUUGCCCCUUUUUGCUGUAGCAGGUUUGCUGGAUCUUGGUUAUGCUGGAACCUGAGGUACAGGAAAUUCCUGCCCUGCAUGGUUUUGGGAGCAGCUGUGUGUGGAGUAUUUAAAAAGGUCCAAGUGGCAGAGGUGGGUAUACAAGAACUAAAACAAAAGGGGCUGUUUCUGUUAUAGCCUAGGUAUUUUUUUUGAACUGUGUUUAAUAGCCAUUCCAGCACACAUAUCAAACUCAAAGGCCAAUGGCAUUAGGAGCUACCUUCCCUUAGCUUUACUGUCUCCAGUAAAGACGCAGAUUGAAGACUAGGUUUUUUGGCAGCUAUUCGCUCCAGAUGCCCAUCUUUGAAGCAGAAGAGGAUUUAUCGUGACAAGGUGAUGGGAAAAUCUGAGUGGGAGGAUGGGUUGUCUUACAUUAGAAAACCCUUCACCACUAGGUGUCAUGAGUGUGAUAAAGUAUAAUUUACAGAUCCAAAGCAGUCUCCAGAAGUGCCAAGGCUCUUCAUAUUAAAAAAAAAAAAAAAAAAAAAAAAAAAAAAACCUUGGAAUUUUGGUUCGCAUUUUUUGUUAAGUUUGUUUUCUGUUCUUUUAUCAGUUUGUAUUAUUUUUGUCUGUUUUCAUUAUCCUCAGGAGAGCUUACAAGACAAAGUUUAAGCUGGCAGGAUUGUAUCACCUGCCUUAGACUUUUUUAAAUUGAUGUUGUAAAACAAAUACUUCUCUUCCCCAGUGUGUGUGUGUGUGUGUAUAUAUAUAUAUAUAUAUAUAUAUAUAUAUAUAUACAUAUAUAUGUAUAAAAACACUCUUAACAACUGAUUUUUAAUUUUUUUUAAUACAAUUUCUUCCUAAGGGGUACAGUGAUGUUUAGAGGAUAAUCCCCUGCCACUCAGCUCUCACAGGUUUUGUAAAGACCAAGUUCUGAAUUUUUUUAGCAUUUGCCAAAGAUGAAAAUGUGCAGUUCUCUUCCAGAAGCACCUUCACUUUUAAAAAAGCAAAAUGAAAACAAAAAACAAACUCUGGAAGAAAUUAUACAAAGCAUGAAGAGGUAACUGUCCCCUACAGCUGAAUACCUGAAAGCAAGACUUUUUCCUAGGCAGUUUGUCUCAGCUUUUUUAUUUUCAGAAGUUUCACAUGCAUAUUUGAGUAAAACAUUAGACUGUUCUAUGUGGAAGGCACCUACUGUUGCAGGAGUGUUGUGGCAUGGGUGGAAGCUUAAUGGCACAAGAAACCAUCAGAGAUCUCUAUAACAGUCUCUGUAUUGACACACCUCAUAAGAAGGGGGGGAGAUUCUAAAGUGUAGUAUCAACUUUCCAGUUCUAACUGAAGUGUUGAGUCUAGGAAUUUAUUCUUGAUAUCUUCAUUCCUAUGAGAGAAGGAUUCUAAGCCUUCUUGAAUCAAAAUAGACCCAAAGAAAGCCACCAAUUCUUGCACCUUGAAAACACUCUUCAGUCCAAUGAAAGUUGAGGGGACAAAAAAGGCAGAGGUGAGCACCUCUAAUGGCAAAGGAGGGCAGCCUUUAAACUAUUUUAUUAGCAGGCUGGGUAUGGCAAAACUUGUUUACUUUGGCUUUUGACAGGGUAGGCAGGUAGUAUUUGCUGCUUUUGAAGCCUAGAUUAACUUCAGUCACAUUUAAAGGUUUCACUUCUUCAUGUUACAUUCAGUGUUCUUAAUAAAAAUUGUUCAGGUUUUAAA